ACUGGCUACAGCUCCAAGCUAUGUUGCGCAAGGUUUUUCUCUGCUUGCCGUGAGUCAUGAUUUGAUGGAUUCAGGCACAGUGGCUUGCCCUAUAAAAAAUUUUGUAGCCCAGACUUGUCACUUCCAACAUCUUGUCAUUUCACUGCCCCUUCAAAAUGUCUUCAUUAACCGCAGAUGAAAAGUAUGAACUGAUCUCCCGUAACCUUCAAGAGGUCCUCGGUGAGGCUGAAAUUAAGAAAGUCCUCGCUGAAAGAAAUCUCAAGUUGUACUGGGGAACGGCACCUACUGGCAAACCUCAUUUGGGCUACUUUGUCGCCAUGACCAAGAUUGCCGAUUUCCUGACUGCCGACUGCGAGGUCACUGUUCUGAUUGCUGAUAUCCACGCUUUCUUGGAUAACAUGAAGGCACCUCUCGAACUUGUCAACCACAGAGCAAAGUACUACGAACAACUCAUUAAAGCUGUGCUUACAUCAAUCGGCGUUCCUAUCAAUAAGCUCAAGUUUGUUGUUGGUUCAUCUUACCAGUUUUCCAAAGAAUAUGCUAUGGACAACUUCCGUCUUGCCGCUACUGUCACUGAACACGAUGCCAAAAAGGCCGGUGCCGAAGUCGUUAAGCAAGUCGACUCCCCAUUGCUUUCCGGUUUGAUCUACCCCGGUAUGCAAGCUCUUGAUGAACAAUAUCUUGGUGUUGACGCACAGUUUGGUGGUGUCGAUCAGCGCAAAAUCUUCACAUUCGCAGAAAAGUAUAUGCCACAACUGGGUUAUGCUAAGCGAGCGCAUCUUAUGAACCCUAUGGUUCCCGGUCUUCAAGGCUCAAAGAUGUCAUCGUCCGAUCCCGACUCAAAGAUUGAUCUUCUCGAUGACCCAGCCGCCGUCAAGAGAAAGCUGAAGAAGGCUUUCUGUGAAGUUGGUAAUGUUACUGAAAACGGUAUCUUGUCCUUCAUCAAGUCUGUCUGGUUCCCAUUGAAGUCACUGAAUGAUGGAAAGCCAGAGUUCACUGUUGAGCGUAAGGAGGAGUAUGGCGGAAACCAGGUUUACACCAAGUUUGAGGAUAUGGAGGAGGAUUUCAGAACUGAGAAGCUUCAUCCUGGAGAUUUGAAGGCUGCCACUACCAAGGCAUUAAACGAACUUAUUGCACCCAUCCGAGAAGCCUUCGAUAAUGCUGAAAUGAAGGAAUUGGUUGAGUUGGCCUACCCUACUGCCAAGCCCGCCGCUAAGAAGGAAAAGAAGAAGAAGGUCAAGGGUCAAAACAAGGAAAAUGAGGCUCCUAAAGUUAAUGGAGAUGCCAAGCCUGCUGCAGAAACGGCGCCAGCAGCAGAAACCGCAGAAAAGCAAUAAGAACUUAUAAAUAAAAAUGGCAUGUUGUAGACAAAGUAGAGAUGACAAAUUCAAAACAUGGAUUGACACCUUUUAAGUGUAUUCAG